CAAUUGUUCGGUGUUGUAUCUCAUUUCGCAGAGGCCAGGAAAUCGAAAGUUUGGCCCGUUUUCCUCACUUUGGCCUUGUAGUGUAGUGUGGCGAAGCAAAGAAACACAGCCAGCCCGGAGCAAACGAAGAGUGUCGGUCAAUAAACGCAGCGCACACACAACGAGUGCAGCACCGACAGCAAUGGCGGAGAAUAGCGGCGCAGAAGGCGGCGGAAAGAAAAUCACCAUCACGGUGAAAACACAGAAAGAUAAGAAGACAGUCGAAAUCGACGAGGAUGCCGAAAUCAAAGAUCUUAAGGCGAUCGUUGCGGAACAGUUCGAGACGAACCCGGAACUGGUUUGUUUGAUUUUUGCCGGCAAAAUCAUGAAGGACGGCGACACGCUGAAGACACACAACAUCAAGGACGGCCGGUCGGUGCAUCUGGUGAUAAAGCAGGCACCACGCCCGGAUCCCGAGGGUCCACGGCGCCCUCCGGCCGACGUGAGCCAGACUCCGUUUGGGCUGAACCAGCUGGGUGGCCUUUCCGGGAUCGGUGUGCUCGGGGGCACCCAGAGCAACUUUAUGGACCUGCAGUCCCGCAUGCAGAAUGAGCUGCUCAACAACCCGGACCUCAUGCGCACCGUCUUGGACAACCCACUCGUGCAGUCGAUGAUGAACAAUCCGGACACGAUGCGUCAGAUACUGACCUCGAAUCCGCAGAUGCAGGAGCUGAUGCAGCGCAAUCCGGAGAUUUCGCACAUGCUCAACAACCCGGAGCUGUUGCGUCAGACCAUGGAGCUGGCCCGCAAUCCGUCGAUGCUGCAGGAGCUGAUGCGCUCGCAUGAUCGUGCCAUUUCAAACCUCGAGAGCGUCCCCGGAGGCUACAGUGCUCUGCAGCGCAUUUACCGGGACAUCCAGGAGCCGAUGAUGAACGCCACGUUGCGCAAUCCGUACUCGGGGGCGUCGGACUCCGGCGUAGGUGGUGGGGUCGGUGUUGGCGCCGGCGCCGCGAAUCCGCAGCAGGGCACCGAGAACCGCAGCCCACUGCCCAACCCGUGGGGCGGUGGCAGUGGAUCGACCGGAGGCGCCACCGGUGGUAGUGGAACCGGUGCCUCGGGCGCCGCAGGAACGACGGAUGCGGCCGGCACACCGCUCGGUUUGCUGAACACACCGACCAUGCAAAGUUUGCUGCAGCAAAUGAGCGAAAAUCCUUCGAUGAUGUCGAACAUGCUAAACUCGACAACCACUCGCAACAUGAUGGAAGCGAUGGCGGCCGAUCCGGCCAUGGCCACGAACCUGAUCAGUCAGAAUCCGCUACUGGCGAACAACCCGGCGCUCCAGGAGCAGAUGCGUGCGAUGAUGCCGCAGAUGUUGCGCCAAAUGCAAAACCCGGAGGUGCAGCAGAUGGUGGCCAACCCACAGGCCCUGAACGCAAUCCUUCAGAUCCAGCAGGGCAUGGAGCAGCUGCGCUCCGUGGCUCCGGGCCUGAUGAGUACGAUGGGUAUUCCACCGAUGCCGGGGGCGCCCACCACCGCUGCCGCCGGUACGACUACCACUACCAACACGACGACGGCGCCCAGCAAUAUCAACACGAGUGGUGGCGUGGGCGGCGCCGCCAGUGGACAGGGCAACGAGGCCCUAUUCUCGGAGUUUAUGGCACGCAUGAUCAACGGUAUGGGGGCCGGCAAUGAUCCCAACAUUCCACCGGAGGAACGCUACCGGUCGCAGCUGGAACAGCUCGCCUCGAUGGGGUUCGUUAACCGGGAGGCCAACCUGCAGGCCCUAAUCGCCUCCUUCGGUGACAUCAAUGCGGCGGUCGAGCGAUUGCUGGCCCUCGGGCAGCUGUCGCUGAGCUAACAACGUGCGCCCCGCUACUACUGAGAGGCGAGAGGGUAUCGAGACGGGCAUCGCCGCUCGUCUCCGGCGUCCCCGCAGUUCCUGGUCUCUUCUUUCCGGUCCGGAGUGGUUGUUUGGUCCGAAAUUAUUUCUUCAUUACCGGUCCCCGAACCCCGAGGGGUGUGAAAUUGUUAGUGCGCGAAAGGAGGAACAGGAACCGGAGAUUGGCGAGCAGAUGAUGGUGCUUGGCCGAACCCGAUAGCAGCAAUGGUUUGCUUUGCCGCGAGGGCAUAGCGAGAACUUUGACACGAACCCGAUUCAGAUGAAUGGAUAAUUAAUCUUUAAGGCAUAAACUGUAGGGCCGGCACGCGGUGGUGAUGCAACAUGUGAGCAUUUUUUUUUCUUAUCACCAGGGGCAGAAUUUUACGGUGCAUGUGAAGCAACACGAGAAUCCUUCUGCUUUCGUUUGUCCCCUCCGUGCGCGGGUGUGUCUUGUGUUUUAAGCGUUCCGGUGUCUCCAGCAAAGUGGUACAAAAUGGGCUGGCUACGGAGCGGGCGAGCAAUGCGAGUUCGGUGGCAAUCGAGGGAAUUGUAGUCAGAGGUGAGGAACGGCCGAAUGUGUAGAGUAAAGGGAUGGCGAUUAGGGGGGAAGUAGAAGCAGAAACUAUUUACUAGGUGAAUAGGUAAGCAUAAGACGGGAACCUUUUGUGGAAAAUACCCAACGGUAGCGACGAAACAUAUUUCUUGACCUCUCUUGAACGUGUACCACAGAGUCAGCAACACACACUCCCGGCUUCAACACAGUAGUGUCAGAUCCAAACAAUAGAAGAACAGUAGCAAGCAUUACAAUCCCGAUCAGAAGCCCUUCACAGCAACUUAUACUCAAACAAACUGGAAUGAGGUCCUGCAACAGGACAUUUCUACCAUCUGGACGUUUAUAUGCGUAGCGCUAGUGUAUCUGAUUCGGUUCUCUAGAAACUUCAAUCACGACGUACCCAAAGGAAUCCCUUUCCUUUCGAUCGUCCGCCACUACCAGGACGUCAGCAACAGCUAUACACAGAUAAACAUAUAUAAUAGCAUAUUCAAUAAAAUG